UCCGCCUCGGCUCGCUGGUCCCAGAAGGCGCCGGGUUUCCCAAGAUGGCGGCCGACGUGUCCGUUACUCACCGGCCCCCGCUGAGCCCGGAGGCUGGGGCCGAGGUUGAAGCUGGUGAUGUCGCGGAGCGCCGGGCGCCUGAAGAAGAACUGCCGCCGCUAGAUCCAGAGGAGAUCCGGAAACGCCUGGAACACACCGAGCGCCAGUUCCGUAACCGCCGCAAGAUACUGAUCCGCGGCCUCCCGGGGGACGUGACCAACCAGGAGGUGCACGACCUGCUCGGCGACUAUGAGCUCAAGUAUUGCUUUGUGGACAAAUACAAAGGGACAGCUUUCGUGACCCUGCUGAACGGGGAGCAGGCCGAGGCCGCCAUCAGCGCCUUCCACCAGAGCCGCCUGCGGGAGCGCGAGCUGUCGGUGCAGCUGCAGCCCACUGACGCCCUGCUGUGCGUGGCCAACCUGCCCCCUAGCCUCACGCAGCAGCAGUUCGAGGAGCUGGUGCGGCCCUUUGGCAGCCUGGAGCGCUGCUUCCUGGUCUACAGCGAGCGCACCGGCCACUCCAAGGGCUAUGGCUUCGCCGAGUACAUGAAGAAGGACUCGGCCGCCCGCGCCAAGUCGGACCUGCUGGGCAAGCCUCUGGGCCCACGCACCCUCUACGUGCACUGGACAGACGCCGGGCAGCUGACGCCCUCCCUGCUCCACUCCCGCUGCCUCUGUGUCGACCGCCUGCCGCCUGGCUUCAGUGAUGUGGAUGCCCUGCGCCGGGCGCUCUCGGCCGUCCACACACCCACCUUCUGCCAGCUGGCGUAUGGCCAGGACGGGCAGCUGAAGGGCUUCGCCGUGCUGGAGUACGAGACGGCGGAGAUGGCUGAAGAGGCACAGCAGCGGGCAGACGGCCUGGCCCUGGGGGGCAGCCACCUGCGCGUCUCCUUCUGCGCCCCUGGGCCCCCUGGCCGCAGCAUGCUGGCUGCGCUCAUUGCUGCCCAGGCCACGGCCCUCAAUCGAGGCAAAGGGCUCCUGCCCGAGCCCAGCAUCCUACAGCUGCUCAGCAACCUGGGGCCCUCCGCUUCCCUCCAGCUGCUGCUCAACCCCCUGCUCCACGGCGGCGCAGGUGGCAAGCAGGGCCUCCUGGGCGCACCCCCGGCCAUGCCGCUGCUCAACGGGCCCGCCCUGUCCACAGCGCUACUGCAUCUCGCCCUGCAGACCCAGAGUCAGAAGAAACCCGGGAUCCUGGGAGACUCUCCCCUAGGCACCCUCCAGUCUGGGGCCCAGCCGGCCAGCCCCCUCCUCGGGGAGCUGUCUGCAGGAGGGGGCCUGCCCCCGGAGCUGCCGUCCCGGCGAGGGAAGCCACCACCCCUGCUGCCGCCACUGCUUGGCCCCUCUGGGGGUGACCGGGAACCCAUGGGCCUGGGUCCCCCAGCACCCCAACUCACUCCACCCCCUGCUCCUGUGGGGCUUCGAGGCACUGGUCUCAGAGGCCUGCAGAAGGACAGUGGGCCUUUGCCAACGGCCACUGGGGUCUCGCUGCUGGGGGAGCCUCCCAAGGACUUCCGGAUUCCCCUGAAUCCCUACCUGAACCUACACAGCCUGCUCCCAGCCAGCAAUCUGGCGGGUAAGGAGGCCCGGGGCUGGGGAGGCGCUGGGAGAAGCCGCCGCCCAGCUGAGGGCCCCCUGCCUAACCCCCCAGCCCCUGGAGGUGGUGGCAGCAGCAAAGCUUUCCAGCUCAAGUCCCGCCUGCUCAGCCCCCUCACCAGCGCCCGCCUGCCCCCCGAUCCAGGGCUGCCCGACAGCUAUGGCUUCGACUACCCCUCAGAUGUGGGACCUCGGCGGCUCUUCUCCCACCCACGGGAGCCAACCCUCGGGCCUCAUGGACUCAGCCGACACAAAAUGUCCCCCCCACCCAGUGGCUUUGGCGAGCGGGGUGGCGGAGGUGGCAGUGGGCCCCUCUCCCACUUCUAUUCGGGCUCACCCACUUCCUACUUCACCAGCGGCCUGCAGGCUGGCCUCAAGCAGAGCCACCUUAACAAGGCGGUCGGCUCCUCCCCACUGGGCUCUGGAGAAGGGCUCCUGGGCCUCGGCCCUGGGCCCAAUGGCCACAGCCACUUGCUGAAGAAAAAUUUCUGAAAGACUUUGCUGACCAACCAGCAGGAGCCCAAGGAAUGUAGGGGCGUCUGGGAGCCACUCUGCACCUCUGGCCUGCUCCCAGUGUGGAAACCCUGCAGCCUUAAGAGGGAGAGGCCAUGGCCUGCUCUCUCUCCCCACCCCUGUGUCCGCCUGUGUUCGUCUCUCUGGGAGUUCUCUCCUGCCUCGUCGCUCCUGUAUCUUGGCCUUUCGAGUGCCUUGGAGGUUUCCCUGACCUCCCGUGAGGAUCAGAGACUGUCCCCCUUUUUUAACUUUGACAGCUGACUUUGGUUUCCUUUUCUAAUUUUUAUUAUUUUUUAAACAAUCCAGGACGACCCCCAGCUCUGAUUCCUUCAAGGCCCAGCGUGUCUGGGCCUCCAUUCCACACUUUUCGGUUUGAGAUGGCUUAGCCCUUUUUUCUGUUUCCCACAACUGCUGCAGGCAUGGCUGUCUCCUGCCCCUGCCUGCCCUCUCUGAGCUGUACUCCAGGUCCGGGUCCCCCACCCCCUACCACAGCCCCCUCGCCUUCUGAUGCCUUAAAAGCCAGGCUCCAGGCCCCAGGCCCCGCUGGCCAGAGCCUCUCAGAUGCUGAGCUCCGGAAGCUUGACUCAGGACCAAAUGGCUCUGGCCUGGGGAUUGGGCCCCUCUACCCGCAGUCCCCCAUCGUGGGGACAGUAGAAGGCCAAAGCCUUGGUGUUGGCAAACCAGUCCCACCAGCCCUCCUGCUCAGGCUUAGGUGCAGGGAUGGGCUUUCUCUGCCAGCUUAAAUUGGUCCCCCUGCUGUCUGUCUGUCAGGCAUUGUGCAUCUCACUGAGCCUCUGCUGUCUCCUCCAUGUUGAAGAUGAGCUCUGCCUCUUCAUCCCCAGGCCAGAUCACCCGGAGCUGGCCUCCCUUUGGCCCAGUGUUAGAAAAUUCAACAACAUGCCAAUAAGCUCUGCCCCUGCCCACCAGCAGGGCAUGUCAGCCUGAGGUGAUCCUGGGCCCUGGUCCUGGCCGGCUGGGCCACCAGCUUCCCUCCCCUGACUCUGGGGGUCCACAUCCACUCCGGGCCGGGGGGGUGUCCUCUCCCCAGUCUUCUCACACAGACCUUUGCUGAAUUAAAGUUUGUAAGUAAAUGGUUUUAAAGAAA